GAAGCACCUAACAUAGGUUUCUUGGGGAACGUUCUACGAGCAGCAUAGCCACAACGUGGCGGCCACGCGCCAUACCUGAAAAGGAGGAAAUGCUGUAAUAUCCCAAAACAACGGGACAGAGAUAGUUUAUCUUCGAUGGCUUCCAAGGCGAUGAGCGUGGCAGCGGAGAAGAUAGCGACGGCGGCGCGACGCCAAGCCGUGUCGCUAACGGACGCCGCCGCCUCGCGAAUACGGCAGCUGCUACAGCAGCGUCAGAGGCCCUUCUUGAAGCUGGGAGUCAAGGCUCGCGGCUGCAACGGCUUAUCCUACACCCUCAAUUACGCAGAUGAAAAAGGGAAGUUUGAUGAGUUGGUUGAGGAUAAGGGUGUUAAGAUAUUGAUUGAUCCAAAGGCCCUUAUGCAUGUCAUUGGAACUAAAAUGGAUUUUGUAGAUGACAAACUAAGAUCGGAAUUUAUUUUCGUCAAUCCAAAUUCUAAAGGUCAGUGUGGUUGUGGUGAAUCUUUCAUGACAACAGGCAGUAGUGGAUCUUCUAAGCCAUGAAAUAGUUAAAAUUGCUAUUCAACUUGCUGUGGAUCCUCACGUAAUGAAGUCGUCCUUUCACGAUUUAAUUGAUAGAUAGACAUACAAGUACAACUAAUGGAUUUCUAUUAUUCUGCCUGCGAGAACAAGGGAAAUGAGAGCUUUGGUGCUCAGAACAAAAGGAUACUGAGGACUGACAUGGUCUCAAUAUACAGAGUUCUCUGAAGCUGAUGGUAAUAAGGCUUAUUUCAACAAUUUGUAUUAUCAUUUGUUUUGAUGAUUCUUAUUUCUAAUAUAAAAUUAUUUGUAUCAUGAGAAUUGUAGUUUGUAGGUUAACAAUAUCAUUGAAAUAAUUUUCGUUAAGUUUAACAUAUCAUUCAGAGCUAAAGAAACUUCUCUUAAAA